UGCCCUGUCAUAAUCGUCCUCAAUUAGAGAGCGAGAGAAGCAAAAGCUUGGCAUCUGAUCCUUAUCGCAGAGAAAACCAGUCAAGGUGCCACCUUUCCCGGUUUCUCCACACCAAUUCCUCACCUUUCCUCCCUCUUUCUACUUUCAAUCCCUCCUACCGCAAAAUUCCUCUACCAAAAACCCAUUUUGUACCCAACCCAAUCCCUUCGCCUACUUUCAGAUCCACCCCAUUCCUCCUCUCCUCCAUUCCCAUCAAUCCCACUCUCUUCAAACCCUAGUUCCAUCCCACCAUACUCUUCAAUAAUGGUAACAAAUCCUCCCACCACCACCACCGCAACCACCACCACCACCACCGACAUCUUCUCUCUUUUAUCUGACGACACACUCCUCGACAUCCUCACUCGCUUAAUCUCCGACCCCCGCGACUGGUCCCGCCUCUCUUGCGUUUCUUCCCGUUUCUCCAACCUCAUCCGCUCCAUCUGCUACCGCUCAUGGUGCUGCCACUUCAUCCCCAAGCUGGCCGCCGAUCUCUGCAUCUCCCACCACCUCCCCGGAGGCUGGGCUGCCCUCCGCAAGCUCUGUAUCUGCUGUCCUGGCCUCCACCACGCCGGCGUCCUCUUAGAUGAAUACCCUAAUCGCAAGUGUAGCCGUCGCCCCAUUUGGGAACCUCAUUACACCUCGGCACAAAGGGGUUUCAGUAGGGAAGAAGGGAGCAAACUGCUUGCAAGCCGGUUUCGUGGUGAUUGUCUUUAUAUUAGUCAGUGGCCGGCGUGCGUCCAUGCGGAGAACAGGCGGAAGUACUUGUUGUUUAGAGGCGUGUUCAGAAAUUUUAAGGAGACUUCAGUCUGGAAGACGGUGAGGGAUGCUAAGAAAAGCAGGAUUGAGGCGAAAUGCGCCUUUUGUGAUGGGAAAGAGACUUGGGAUUUGCAUUCUGCGUUUUGCUUGAGGAGAGGUUUGGAUCUUCAUGAGGGGGAGCCGGUUGUCCGAGCUUUUGUGUGUGAGAAUGGUCAUGUUUCAGACUUGAUGAAAACUCAAACCUUUGUUUAUGGAUGUGUUGAAGUAUUUCAAGAAGCAUUCUGUGGAGCAGGAAGUAUGGAUUUGGAAUUGAGGCAUUGGAAUUGA